AUGCCAAUCGUAGUCCGCGACUUUAGUGGCAUGAGUCCUGAAGAGAUAAAGGAAAAGGUAAAGGAGCUCGGAAAGCCUGUGCUUCUGAAAUUCUCCUCAGAAGGAUGUGGCCCAUGCGAGGAUUUGAAGGAAAAGCUCAGCCAGUACAAGACAGACCUGGAAAUCAACAUUUUCGAGCUUUGCAGAACAAGGUCAUUUUCCUACGCAUCUCUUUGGGAUGAGUUCGACAUCACUGCAUUUCCGACAGUUGUGCUUGUAGACAAGAACAUGAAAGAAGUACAAGACAAGAAUGGGAGUCAGGGUGCGCCAACCCGAAUCAUUGGCUCAAACAUCAGGAAGUUUGAAGAGCUCGUCAAGGGAUAUGCUCACUUAUUUGAGCAAGCCGCUUCUCAAUAA